UUUAAAUAAUUAAGAUGUCAAACGCGAACUGUCAAAAUUUCCUAACCUCAAAGUUUAGAAUUGAAUUAUUUUAUUGUUAUUCACAAAUUUAAUAAAUGGAGUUGAGAUUACAAUUAACUUUAGCGAUUUUAAAACCGCAUUUAGUAUCAAACCCAUUCGCUGUAAAAGAAAUUCGCCAACUUUUAUUAAAAAAUCAAUUUAACGUGAUAAAGUGGAAAAAACAUCGGAUUUCUAUGGAAGAAGCCUCAAAAUUUUACGAAGAACACAAAAAAAAGUUUUUUUAUAACAGAUUAGUCACCUUUGUAACGAGUGGCCCCUCAGAAAUGUAUAUUUUAGCAAAAAUAAACGCGAUAAACGAUUGGAGGCGAUUAAUGGGGCCCACGAAAGUUUUUAAAGCUCAAUUUGAAGCGCCUAACACGAUUAGAGGAACUUUUGGGUUAUCUGAUACAAGAAAUGCGACACACGGCUCAGAUUCGGACGAAUCAGCGAAACGAGAAAUUUCGAUUUUAUUCCCCGAUUUUAACUACGAUUUGUGGUUCAAAAUGGAAGAGGAAAGUUUUCGAAUGGAAAAAGUGGAUUUUAUCGAAAACGAAUUUGUACAUAAAAAACGUUUAUUAAUAAAUUAAUUUUUUAAUUUGGUGA